UUAAUUGCAUUUGUUCUGAUGGCUUGUUCCUGGGCUGCAAGGAUCAGGCCUUCUGUCUCCUUCUGCAGGGUCUUCAGAGCUAGGUCUUCUCCUUAUCAGCUUUUCCUUCAAUUUUGUCAAGGAAUUAUUAUUAUAAUAAUUAUUAUUAUUACUACUACAACAAAGGCUGGCUGACCAUCUGUUGCUUUUAUUGGCUUUUCCUGUAUGGCAGAAGGGUGUUGGACUGGAUGCCCCCUGGGGUUGUUGCUAUUAUUGUUAUUACUAUAAAGAGUGGGUGACCAUCUGUUGGGGGUGCCUUAGAAUCAUAGAAUCAUUGAAUAGUCGAGUUGGAAGAGACCUCAUGGGCCAUCCAGUCCAACCCCCUGCCAAGAAGCAGGAAAUCACAUUCAAAGCACCCCCGACAGAUGGCCAUCCAGGCUCUGCUUAAAAGCUUCCAAAGAGGAGCCUCCACCACAGUCCGGGGGAGAGAGUUCCACUGCCAAACAGCUCUCACAGUGAGGAAGUUCUUCCUGAUGUUCAGGUGGAAUCUCCUUUCCUGUGUUUUCCCUGCAUGGCGGAAUGGGGUUGAACUGGAUGGCCCCUGGUAAGGUCAAAUUUAGAGUUAUGGAUCGCGGAUAAGAGGAUCCAUGCCUGGUGAGCAUUACACUAACAGCCCAAAGUUUCAGAUUAGAGAACACACUCACAAGGUGAAGACAAGUGACAGAGGUUUUAACCAAUCCAGCCAGAAGCGAUGUAUGUACAGCAGUUCUUCUUCAAAAUGUACAAGCAUAAAUAUACAGAGGAAUUCAGUUCUGAUAGCUAUGCAGACUUCCCCCCGCCCCUCGAUGGAUUGUCACCUUGCCGUGGUGAGGGAGCUUGCGUGUUCCGAUGAACCUGUGGGCACAACCACUGGAGUGAUGCACUCCCAGGAGUGGCCGCAGGGGAGGUUCCAGACCAAGCACAAUCCGAAGACCCAAAGACCUCAACGGUGGAGCAGGCGGAGGAUAACAUGGUACAUGUUACAAUGGCUGUGAAGGCGGAAGAAGGCUGCAACAGACUGAGAAGCCACUCUCGUUGUGUUAAGCACACCACUGCUGGGGCCUCAUUCUGUGAAGACUGUGUGUUGACUGGCCGUGCACUGACCUCCACACAUUAAAAAAAAUCACGCACAGGUGUCUUCCAAGAAAAAUAAAAACAACCCAAAAAAGUCCCAUGGCGAUUAGCGAGUAGCGACGGGGUCAGGACUGUGAAAUCUGGAAGCCCCUAGUCACAGACUGGCACAUGGGCGGUGGAUAUGGACUCAGUCGUUCUACCUCAAGGACCGAGGCAGCUGAGGAGUCCGGCAGCUGUAUCCAUGACUGAGCAGCCCUUUUUAGGAUCCGCUCUGCUCACCCCACACGGGGAAGGGGCUAGAAAAGGUGCCCUAAACAUAGUCUGCCUCUCCUACCCUGACUGGAUUGCCACGUCCAGAGGGGUCACCACUCUGCGGCCAAAAAAGAGAAAUGAACUUGGGAACAUGGAACGUACGGACACUGUUGGAUAACACUGACAGCGAACGCCACGAAUGCAGGACUGCUAUCAUUGCAAGGGAGCUGGGACGCUUUAAGAUCGACAUAGCAGCCCUUCAGGAGACCCGGAGAGCAGGAGAGGGACAGCUGGAGGAAGAAAAAGGAGGCUACACCUUCUUCUGGAAAGGACUGCCUGAAGAAGAUUGAAGAAUACACGGAGUUGGCUUUGCGAUCAGAAACGACCUGGUGAAGCACCUGACUGAAGCACCCACUGGUAUCAAUGAACGACUCUCAACCCUCUGAAUUAACCUUGCCAAAAACUAACAGGCAACCAUCAUAUGUGCCUAUGCACCAACUCUCGAUGCUGAUGAAGACAUCAAGGACAAUUUUUAUUGUCAGCUGGACACCAUCCUAUCAGAGAUACCUAAGAAGGACAAAAUCAUCCUCCUGGGGGACUUUAAUGCAGGUGGGAACAAGAGAGUGGGCCUUCUUGAUGACUGCCCCUCGACUCUGAAAUUCCCUUUUUCCCAGGGAAGCCAGAACGGCCCCUUCCCUGCUGUCCUUCUGGCGGCAGGCUAAAACCUUUUUAUUCAGGCAGACUUUUAAGGAUGAAGGUGUUUAAGAUCAAUUCCGGGAGUGCUGUGGUUUUUAAUUUAUUUUAAUAUGUUUUAAUGGUUUUUAAUUGGGAAUUUUAAAAUACUAUUUAUAUUUAAUCCUGUUUUAAUGUUUGCAUAUUUUUAUAUUUUAAAUUGUAUACUGAUGCUUUUAUGUUAAACAGUUUUGAGUCUCCUUUGGCAGAGAUAAAGCUAGGUAUAAAUAAUAAUAAUAUUAUCCUAUUAUCCAGAGACUAGACUGCCAUCUGCCAGAGGUGCUUUGUGCUUUUCCUGUAUGGCAGGGGGCGGGUUAGACUGGAUGGUCCCCGGGGUGUUCCUUAAGCAACUGAGGGGGAAAAGGAAAGGGCCUGAGGCUGUUAGGAAUUGUGGGAGUUGAAGUCCAAAACAUCUGGAGGGGCCAACUUUGCCCAUGCUUGUUUUACACUCUAUGGGUUUACUAGUGAGUUGCUUAUUGUAGUUGUAACAAUAGAUUCAUUGACUCAAUGGGAUUUACCCAUGUGUUGGCUCAGCAUUAAUUUGGCUGAUCUACUCCAUUUGGGACUAAUCAAUAGGAUUCGGGACAGUAUCAUGAUUACUUAUUUCUGCAGGGGAGAAAAUCAGAUUCUGUUCCUAUUGCAUAAAUUGUAGCAUUCUAGCUGUAUCCACACUGAUUUAGAAAAUGUUAUGUCAAGGGCUAGCAACAAUGGCAGUACACAUAUCUUAAAUUACUUGAAGCUUGAGAUUUUAUCUCCCUGGUUCCAGUCUAUUGAUUGCUUUGGUAUGUAGAAUCUCUUCAGUCAAGGCAGAUGAUUUGGCUGCUGGGCUUCCCUUGUAUUUACAGGCUUCUUCUGUCAGCUUCUAUAAGGUACUUUGAGGGAGCAAAGUACAAUAUGCAUGUCAGGAUUGUUGUAUGUUUUCUGGGUUGUAUGGCCAUGUUCUAGAAGUAUUCUCUCCUGACGUUUCUCCACAUCUAUGGCAGGCAUCCUCAGAGGUUGUGAGGUUACCCUGCCAACCUAGCAGUUCGAAAACAUGCAAAUGUAAGUAGAUCAAUAGGUACCGCUCCAGCGGGAAGGUAACGGCGCUCCAUGCAGUCAUGCCGGCCACAUGACCUUGGAGGUGUUUAUGGACAACGCCGGCUCUUCGGCUUAGAAAUGGAGAUGAGCACCAAACCCCAGAGUCGGUCACGACUGGACUUAACGCCAGGGGAAAACCUUUACCUUUACCUUAUCCUAAAAUCUAAUUGGGAAAAGUCAGUAUUAUAAAGUAUUGUACACAUGGAAACAAUUCAAGCCAUUGUGCAUAUCAUCAUCAUCAUCAUCAUCUUAUUAUUAUUAUUAUUAUUAUUAUUAUUAUUAUUAUUAUUAUUAUUAUAUACCCCUGCUUUAUCUCCCCGAUGGCGCAAUGGGUUAAAUCCUUGUGCCAGUAGACUGCUAACUUGAAGGUUGGGUUGUGCUGGUUCGAAUCCAACCUGGGGGAGAGCAUGGAUGAGCUCCCUCUGUCAGCUCCAGCUCCAUGCAGGGACAUGAGAGAAGCCUCCCACAAGGAUGGUAAAAAAACAUCAAAACAUCUUGGUGUCCCCUGGGCAACAUCUUUGCAGACAGCCAAUGCUCUCACACCAGAAGCGACUUGCAGUUUCUCAAGUCGCUCCUGACACCAAAAAACCCAAAAACAAAAAAAACAAAACACCUGACAUGGAAAAAAUAACACCUAUACCAACAUAUGCUCUCUUCAGACAAUUGGAAAGUGCAUAUAGGAUCUGGAAAAUAUUUGUUUUGAUUUCUGUAUCUUUCUCAAAAUUCCAUCUACAUAUUCUUCUUGAUCUGCAUUAGCUAUAUAUUAUAUAUACCUAUGCAAAUUCUUGCAUACUUUAGUGCAUGAAUGUCAAGACCAGGGGAACAACUCUCUUACUAUCCCUGAGUUGUUUCUUCUACUGAUCCUUAUCAUUUUACUGGCUCAGAUUCCUUAUUUCUCUCUGCCUUGGGCUCUGUUAAAACAUAUGGAUAUGUGUACAUUUCAUUUCCCAAUUUUUUACAGUAAUGGAAACAGAAUAUAAUAUAAGUCUUGUGAGCCUGUCAAGAAGGAUCUCUCUUCCCCCUCCCGCACUUUGGACCUCAUGACUGGAAGCUUGCUGGGACUGACCGCUGUGAAGCAGACAGUUUAAAUUUGCUUCCUUAAAGUACUUAAUUGCGAUUUAGCCAGACAUCUCCAGAUUCCUCCGUCUUCUCACGCAGCACAUUCAUCGUCCUUGUUCAUAAUCCCUUUUCAAGAAAUGAUGAAGUUUGAGGAGCUCCUUGCAGAAGUGGAUGGGUUUGGGAAAUAUCAGAUGCUGGUCUUCUUGAUGCUUUGUAUACCCAGGUUGAUCAUCCCCAUGCAUUUUUUGCUACACAAUUUCAUUUCUGCAAUUCCGCCUCACCACUGUGCUAUUCCUGCCUUUCCUGGUAUUUCAAACUUAAGUCAAGAGGAGGUUUUCCGUGUCAGCCUCCCAAGAGAACCAGAUGGGACAUGGAGCUCUUGUAAGAUGUUCUCCAGGCCACAGCUUCACCUGUUGAUCAAUUCUUCCGGGGAGUUGGACAACGGUUCAUCUAUACAGAACUGCCAGCACGGAUGGGUUUAUGAUUCUGGGCAGUAUGCAUCCACCACGGCCACUGAGUGGGACCUGGUGUGUGAGAAGAAAGGCCUGAACCAAGCAAUUGCUACUUUCUUCUUCAUGGGCGUCACCCUUGGCUCUGUCUUUUUUGGCUACACAUCGGACAGGUUUGGCCGGCGGACGAUGCUUCUGGUCUCCUCCUUCAUCACAGUGUUUUUUGGGGGCAUGAGUGCCUUUUCAGUGUCCUACUGGAUGUUUGUCAUCUUGAGGACCAUCUCUGGGGUGGGGCUCACAGGCAUGUCCAUCAUCUCCUUGAUUCUAGCUGUGGAAUGGACUGAUAUCAAGCAUCGCACCUUCUGUGGCACCAUCAGUGGGAUGGCCUGGUCUUUGGGGUACAUGCUCUUGGCAUUGGUUGCUUAUCUGAUUCGGACGUGGCAAUGGCUUGUACUUGCUGUCACAUGUCCCUGCCUCCUCAGCAUUGCCGUUUGGUGGUGGCUUCCAGAAUCUGCCCGGUGGCUUCUGACGAAGAAGGAAGUAGAGACUGCACAUGGUUAUCUUUCCAAAUGUGCCAAAGUCAAUGGCAAAAAAGAUUUUCCCUCCAAAAUAACUCCAGAAAUCUUGAGAAACUCUGUGACCAUAGAAGAAUCAAGGACCUAUUUCUACUGGCACUUGGUUAAGACUCCCAAGCUGAGGAGGAUCACCAUGUUUUCCACCAUUGUAUGGUUUGGCGUCUCCUUCACCUAUUAUGGCAUCAGUUUAAACAUUGGUGGUUUCAGCUUGGAUCCAUAUCUGACACAGUUAACGUUUGGGGCCAUUGAGAUUCCUGCCAAACUGGGUGUGUAUUUAGUCCUGGAUCACAUUGGUCGCCGACAUUGCCAGGGAUGGUCUCUCAUUGCAACAGGAUCUCUGAUCGCACUAAAUACAAUCAUUCCUGCAGAACAUGGACAUGUCAGAUCAGCUGUGGCCAUCUUGGGGAAAGGUUUCUCAGAAGCCGCCUUCACUACUGUUUUCCUAUAUACUGCUGAGCUUUACCCUACUGUACUCAGGCAAAGUGGUGUUGGAUGUUGUUCGUUUGUGGCACGGAGUGCCAGCUCCAUAGCUCCUCUGGUCAUGUUACUGGAUGACAAAUGGAAAUACCUUCCACCCAUGAUAUUUAGUGUGGUGGCCAUGUUGUCUGGAUCUGUGGCUUUUUUACUGUCAGAGACCACCAAUAUUCAGUUGCCAGAGACAAUUCAAGAUGUGGAAGGUGACAGAGACAAGACCCUUUUGAGAGACCAAGCCCAUGAGCAAAGCAUUGUAGCGGACAGCGGAGGCAUUGCUUUGGGGCUGCUGAGUCAAAUGAGCGCGGAUGCUUUGCCCCCCGCACCACAGGAAGCCAACAAAGACUGUGACAAGGAAGCAACAUCUUCGUAGCACAUUGUUAGCCAGAGGAACUGACAAUUCUGGAUGUUAGUCACAAAAAAAGAAAAAAAAAUAGAAGCCUGGCAAAAUGAAACUAAUGGAAGAUGACAUGCAAUAACAGGAUAAUGUUCAAUUGAAAUUAAAUGCCACUGUGUGACAUUUAAUUUAUUUCUGGUUGUUAGAGUAGGGGAAAUUGCCAAUACUGACCUUAUUGUCUGGCGUAUGACAUGGAAUAAAACGCUUGCAUGAUGUCA